CAAUAACGCUACAUGAGCUAAUUCUCUAGGCUUACAAGCAUGCGGGGAACUAUUAAACAUGCAUACCAUUCCAAAUUUCUACAUUGCAAUAAUGUCUCAGGGCUUUAGGUUGGAAAAUAGGCAUGAACAAUUAAACAAUGAACAUGGAAACCAUAUAAGAAAUGAAACUUACCUUCACCUGUCCAACAAAUUUAAUUUAGAAAUUGUAAUUUUUGUACGUCCCACCAAAACCAUAGAUCCAUUGCGGUAUAUCAAUACACAUUGUAUUUCGGUUUUCGGGAGAUAAACGAAACUCAAUCAUUUUCUGUAUGUCCCACAAAAGGCAUCUACAGAGGCCCGAACCGAACAAUGCUGUAAGAAAAAAAAAAAAGAAAAAAAAAAGACAAUUGAAGAAUCUAGAGCAACAAUGACAUCAUCGAUCAGGAAACCCAAACCAAAAACACCACCAGAUCUAUGAGUCUAACUCAGCACCCGUGGAACCAUCGAUGACGGAGAGAUCCGACAAAAAGCGCGAUGGAGGAGGCGAAGACAGCGAUGGCGAGAGGAGAACCCACCUCACCGGAGGUGGAGGUGGAGGUGGGGCUCGGGGCAGAAGCGUUGGCCGCGGCCGCUCCGCCGGCGAGGAAAAAGAACACAGCGACCACGACCAUAAGCAAGGCAAUGAGAAUGCUGGAUCGGAUGACCUCCAUUUCCUUCUGGUGUUGAGAACUCGAGAUAUCUCUAGAAUAAAUAUUAGAGUUUUGCCCGGAUCUUUAGGCCUUGCGAGUUGCGGCUGAGGCCGAUGCUGGACUCAAGGCCCUAAGGAAGGGGAGAGGGAUUCAGCUCGGGCCUUCUUUAGGCCAGGGCCUUAAGCGAUCUCCUCAUUCACCUAAAAAUUGGGCCGGCUCGUAGUAGUUGCAACAUGAUAUUAUAUUAAAAUAAAGAAAGAAGAUGAAAUCUCUAUGUUUUGUAUUCAUAGUUACAACAGUAUUAACAUUAAUAUAUAGUCUAAUAAUAUUGUUAAAAUAAAAAAUAAAAUUUCUGUAUAUUGUAUUUACUGUUAUAAUUAUACAUAUAUUAAUAUGCAUGUAAUCUAACAAUAUAACUAAUGAGAAAGUAUUAAAAUUAAUUAAAAAAAAUCAAUCAUGGUUUGGCUGGUAUAGCAGUAAUGUUCAAAUUUGAUUACUCAAGCACGGCCGCGGAGGCCAGAUUAGUCCUUUAGCCCAUCUUUUCGAAAGAUGACAGCGGUGGCGCGAGGGUCGGCGUGCACGACCGCGAAGGUCGGACAGGUGUUCGUCGCGGCCAUAAACUAGCUCCCCUUCGUCAACCAAAAACAGGAGAGAGACCGAAACAGACGAGAGACAGGGGGCGAGAGAGAGAGAGAGAGAGGAGAAGCUUCUUUCUCUUGCCUCUCUUAUGGCGAAUUCUUGACGAGGGGCACAUCUCUUGCGUUCUUCACCCCUAUAUAACAAGUCUCCUGGAACCGAGUUUCUUUGUCCUAGACAUACACCGAUCCAUAUAGGAGCGAGUAGGGAUUAUUUAGUGGCUCAUGGAGGGGAGAAUUCGUUUUUUUUUUUUUUUUUUUUUUUUUUUGCGGCCAUGAUAUGAGGUCUUUGGAAUGGGUGAAAGAGGAGUUUUGAAGUAGGGAGAUAGAUAGUGAGCUAGAGAGAUAGAGAGAUAGAGAGAAAGGGCAGGGAGAUGGAGGCGGCGAGGAGGAAAAGGAAGGUUUUAAAGGCAAUGUGCGGCUAUGAGGCGAAGGAGGAGCAGCAGGAUUUGGCGAGGGAUGAGAGCCAUUACAGCAUAUCGAGCAGCAUCCUGCCGCCCCUCGGAGCCAGGAGCCAUCACCGCAGGGCCAAGCUCCGGAGGUUUAUUAUAUCCCCUUACGAUCGAAGAUAUCGAGCUUGGGAGUAUUUUCUAGUUGUUUUAGUGGCAUAUACCGCUUGGGUCUCUCCAUUUGAAUUUGGUUUCAUUGAAAAGGCAUCUGGAGCUCUAGCUACAGCAGACAAUGUUGUUAAUGGAUUCUUUGCUAUUGAUAUUCUCUUGACAUUCUUUGUAGCCUAUCUUGAUAGAGCUACAUAUCUUCUUAUAGACAACCCAGAGCAGAUUGCUUGGAGAUACAUAACCAGCUGGUUUAUUCUGGAUGUUAUUUCUACUAUCCCUUCAGAACUUGUUUGGAAAAUUCUUCCUUCAAACCUUCAUUCUUAUGGAUUGUUCAACAUGCUUCGGCUUUGGCGCCUUCGCAGAGUCAGUGCACUUUUUGCUCAACUGGAGAAAGAUAGGAACUUUAACUACUUUAUGGUCCGAUGUGCAAAGCUUGCUUGUGUGACUGUAUUUGCGGUCCAUUGUGCCGGAUGCUUCUUUUAUCUUAUUGCAGCAAGGUACCCUGACCCUAACAAGACAUGGAUUGGUGCUUCUUUCCCAGACUUCCAUGAUAAAAGCGUGUGGAUGCGAUAUGUGAUCUCAAUGUACUGGUCCAUGACCACUGUUACAACUGUUGGAUAUGGAGACCUUCAUCCUCAGAAUACAAGGGAGAUGCUUUUUGAUAUCUUUUACAUGUUCUUCAACCUUGGAUUGACAUCAUACUUGGUUGGAAAUAUGACCAAUUUAGUUGUCCAUGGGACUAGCCGAACUAGAAAGUUUAGAGAUACACUUCAGGCUGCUUCUGGAUUUGCGCAAAGAAACCAACUUCCGGUUCGACUGCAAGAUCAGAUGGUUGCACACUUGUGUUUAAAGUUCAGGACAGACUCAGAGGGUCUUCAACAGCAAGAGACUCUUGAUGCUCUUCCUAAAGCCAUCAGGUCUAGCAUUGCUCAUUUCCUGUUUUACUCCCUUGUUCAAAACGUCUACCUGUUCCGAGGUGUUUCAAGUGAUCUGCUUUUCCAACUGGUUUCUGAGAUGAAGGCUGAGUAUUUCCCUCCCAGGGAAGACGUAAUCUUGCAGAAUGAAGCACCAACAGACUUCUACAUACUGAUGAAUGGCAGUGUGGAUCUAAUAGAUUACAAGAAUGGAAUUGAACAGAUUGUUCGAGAGGCAAAGACAGGUGAUGUUGUGGGAGAAAUUGGAGUACUUUGCUAUAGACCCCAGAGAUUCACUGUCCGCACCAAAAAAUUGUGUCAGCUAUUGCGUUUAAAUCGAGCUACGUUCCUUAGCAUUGUUCAGUCAAAUGUCGGAGAUGGAACAAUUAUUAUGAACAAUCUUAUGCAGUACAUGAAGGAGCAAAAGGACCCUGUCAUGGAAGGAGUCCUAAGAGAGACAGAGAAUAUGCUUGCUCGUGGCCCCUCAAACUUGCCCCUUACUCUAUGUUUUGCUGUAACUAGAGGAGAUGAUUUCCUAUUGAGUCAGCUUCUGAGACGAGGCCUGGAUCCAAAUGAAGCAACUAACAAUGGCCGCACUGCAUUGCACACAGCAGCAGCCAAAGGAAAUGAGAAUUGUGUUGCUCUCCUGCUGGAUUACGGGGCAGAUCCUAACAGCAGAGAUUUGGAAGGAAACGUUCCCCUUUGGGAGGCAAUACUUGGAAAGCAUGAAGCUGUGAUCAGGUUGCUGAUAGACAACGGUGCAGACAUCUCAACUGGUGAUGUUGCUCGGUUUGCAUGCAUGGCUGCCGAGCAGAAUAGCUUGGAGCUUCUACAGGACAUUGUGCGUUAUGGCGGAGAUGUGACACUAGCCAAGAACGACGGAGCUACCGCCCUCCACCAUGCAGUCUGCGAAGGAAAUCUCCAAAUCGUCAGGUUCCUAAUUGAACAAGGAGAGAGCAUCGACAAACCAGACAUCCAUGGCUGGUCACCCAGGGAUCUAGCCGACCAACAAGGCCAUGAAGAUAUAAAAGCUCUGUUCCAAGCCACGAAAGGAUGCGACAGCAAAACAUCCAAAACACCUGCCGCCGCCGCUAGGAUCAGCUCGCCGACUGUUCAUUUAAAUGCAAAAUUCAAAAGCGACCCUUCGAUGCCAGCCCCGAAAUUUAUGCAGGAAAGCUCGGGAGAUGAUCAUAGACAGAGCAGCAGUUACUUCCACAACUCCCUGUUUGGGAUCAUGUCAGCGGCCCAUGCUGGUAGGAGUAGCUGCCCUCUUCCAGCUGCACCCGCUACAAGGUAUGUGGGGGGCUCUCGCGGCCCUCAGCACCACCAUGCCCCUCCCAGGGUUACCAUCAGCUGCCCGGAGAAGGGCGACGCUGCCCGAAAGCUGGUGCCCUUGCCAAGGUCACUAGAUGAGCUUCUUAAUAUUGGUGCGAAAAAAUUUGGAGUCUUGCCUGCUAAAGUCCUCACUAAAGAUGGAGCUGAGAUCGAUAAUGUAAACCUUAUAAGAGAUGGUGAUCAUCUUGUUCUAGUCGGUGAUGAUUGCAAAGGAGAAGAUAAAUACCCCAAAGAUGGAGUGAUUUGAGCACUCUCGUCCAAAAAAAAAAAAAAAAAAAA